UAGUUUUUGUUUCAUAGCAGCCCUUCACAUUUAUUUUAUUUGUCUCGUACAUAUUUAAGCAUUUUGUUAACAAUAAUACAACAAUCGAAAAACAAACCCCGGAAUACCCCUAGCGACAAAUUGUUGAACUAUUCUUGCAGCAUCUUAUUAAUCGGAAAUCGAGUAAUAUUGAAAUGGCAACGAAGACAGCAGUACCCGUGAAGAUGUUUGGUCGUCAUCUAUACCAACUCAAGAACCUGACCGAGGCGCAGAAUCUGAGCCCCCAAAUUUGGCGUAUUGGUGCCAUGCCAAGGCUCUACAAUACAGAAAGCAAUCUUGAGGAGACAGCGACGACAACAGAGAAAGCAGCACCAACAUCCUCUCCGGAAGUCGAACGCCUGAUGAAAGAAUUGGCUGACGCGAAGGAACAGCAUAGCGACCUUCUGGACAAGUACAGGAGAUCCCUGGCCGAGACCGAGAAUAUGCGAGCACGCCUUAACAAGCAAAUAGCGGAUGCAAAAAUGUUUGGCAUACAAGUUUUUUGCAGGGAUCUACUUGAUGUGGCCGAUACCCUGGGUCAUGCCACACAGGCAGUGCCGAAGGACAAGCUGGCUGAUAAUCUUGAUCUGAAGAAUCUAUUUGAAGGCCUCUCGAUGACAAAAGCGUGUCUCCUACAGGUUUUCAAGCGUCAUGGUUUGGAACCUUUCAAUCCAAUAAACGAAAAGUUCAAUCCCAAUUUACAUGAGGCCCUGUUCGAAAUAGAGGACAAGAAUGUUGAUGCCAACACCAUUGUAGAUGUUACGAAAUUGGGAUACAUCUUGCACAAACGCUGCAUUCGUCCGGCUUUGGUGGGAGUGGCCAAAUAAUGCUAAGAGGCUUACCACUAGCUUAAAAUUAUGUGAAGAAUAUUGCAUUCAUUUGUUUGUUCCUAAAAUUGUUGUAUAAUAAAUGUUUGUAAUUUUGUCCUGA